GUAUAUGAAUUCUAAUGAAAUAGUAGAGCAAAGUCCUUUCCCGUUUAAUUAUUUCUGUUAAAUCGUCUUUAAACAUAAAAGUUACAAAAACAAGUGCAAGAUUGUGCGUUAGUGUCAACAUGGCGACAGCAAAUGAAGUCCGCAGCCUAUUCGAAGCCAGGCUAAAGGAAGGUAUUCCAAAUCCUCCGGGGUCAUUCCACCCUCUAGACCUCGAAAAGGUCAAAGACGAAAAGUAUAUCAACAGAAUUAUUGCACAUUGCGAAAAUGACGCUCAACAAUCGGCUGAUAUGCUGUGGGAUAUUCUAACUUGGCGCAAAAACGUAGGCGCAAAUGACAUAAACGAGAAUACAAUCCGUCUAGAUUAUGUUAAGGACGGUAUCUUUUUUCCUAGAGGUAGAGAUGUCGAUGGGUCCUUGUUGCUAAUUCUAAAAUCAAAAAACCAUGUCAAAGGCCAAAAGGACAUGGACGAGAUAAAGAAAAUUAUAAUUUACUGGUUUGAUAGAAUAGAAAGAGAAGAAAACGGAAGGAAAAUUAGUCUUUUCUUCGACAUGGAUGGAUGUGGUUUGAGCAAUAUGGAUAUGGAGCUGAUUAAAUACUUAAUAACAUUAUUAAAAUGUUAUUAUCCAUACUUUUUAAAUUACAUUAUCAUAUAUCAAAUGCCGUGGGUUUUGACUGCUGCUUUCAAAGUUGUAAAGACCUUACUACCUGCAAAAGCUGUGGAGAAGAUGAGAAAUGUAACUAAAGACACAUUGAAGGAAGUAGUCGCUCCGGAACAGGCGUUGACCUGUUGGGGAGGGAAAGAUGACUAUACAUUUCAGUUCGUACCAGAGAAUAGAAGCCUAGAAUUAACUCCUCCUAAAAAAGUAACGUUUGCCGAACAAGGAGACAAUGCACAUUCCCCUGGAGAAAUGUUACGUCUCAACCCAAAUGAUAUAAUUGUAUUUAAGACAGACAACGAUGAAGUAUCUGGUCAAUUUACUAUUACUAACAUGGAUGAAAGUGCUGUGUCAUUCAAGAUCCGCACAACUUCUCCAGAGAAGUUCCGAGUCAGACCCAGUUCUGGGACUUUAGCCCCAGGGGCGUCUCAAACAGUUCUGAUUGUUGUGCAAUCUGGGUUCCAGAUGAGAACGGUGAGUAAAGAUAGGUUUCUGGUUAUGUCUGUGCAGAUUCCAAAAACAGAUCUCUCGCAGAAGGAGUUGAGUGAGGUCUGGCAGAAUUCUUGCGGAAGCAAAGUUGAUGAAUACCGUCUAAAAUGCCAAUUCCCAGAGAAAGAGUCACGUAACGGUAACUUGUUGGAAAGUAAACCGGAAAAAUCAGAAAUUAAUAAUGCUUUAUCAAGUUUGCAAUUAAAUUAUGAGAUUUUAAACAAGCAAAUUCAGAAAUUGAAGGUGUUUCAAUUCUUAACGAUGCUGAUGACUAUCAUUGCUGUCGUUUUAGGAUUUCUGAUUUACAAAAACGCAAACGAGAGUGGUAAUUAUUGCGAGCGAAUAUAGCCUUUAAAGUUUGUGGUCUUAGACACCACAAUUGAUGUUUUUUAUGCAUUUUAUGUAAUACUGUCGUUUAUAUUCAUGGUAAAUAUGAUUUUGUAUAUAAAAUAUAGUCAAUUGUUGAAAUUGGUUAGCAGAAUUAAGACAAAAAUGUUACAGAAGCUUGAGUUAUUCCUUUAGUUACUAGUGCAUGGAGUUAUUAUUUAAUCUAGUGGCAAAUUAGCUACAGUAGGAGUUGAGAUUAAAUUAUUGUCCACUCGCUUACAACGUGAACAUGAUCUAAAUCAUAGUUUCCCAAAGUGGUCCCUACCACCUAAAGUAACUCCACAUUCUUAUAAUUAUUAGUACAAAAGAUCGAACACAGAAAAAUUCGCAUUGUCUUCAGCAUACCAGGCCUAUCAUCUCCCGACUACGCUAUGGAACAAACUAGCAGACCCAACGAGUUUUUCUACGUGUUUGUUGCAAAUCUUUGUUAUAUGAUUAUUAGUUUUCAUUUUCUUAAUUUUGAAUUCAAUUUAAAUCAGCUCAAUACUUUCGCAUUAAAACGCAAAAUCGACAAGGUUCGAGUUAGCGAUUGCUGGUGUCUAUAUUAUUUUUAUCACUUUCAUGUGAUAAAAGCACUUCUAACAUAUGAUCACAUGUGACUUUAUUAUACUAAGGCUACAAUAUAUGGGUGAAAAUCUUUAUUCUUCGAACUAGACGAAACCGCCACCUGUU